AUGAUGAUUAAUAACUCAUCAUUUGCCAAAGGUUCGCAAGGUGAAGAAAGAGUGGCUCGCUUACCACCAGCGGAUGGUAUGCUAAAUAACAUUGGAGCUAAGGUGCAGGGAAUGGCUGAAGCCGCCGCAGAUAAGCUCAGUGGUGCGUUUCAUGCUACGAAAGAUACCUUAGUCGGAGACAAUGAUACUAUGCAGUCUGGAAGAAAUGAUACUAUGCAGUUCGGACAUGAUCUAUCAUCCCAGCCUGGUUUCCACAGCGAGUAUAAAACCAAUGAG